AUGGGUGACUGGAGCUUUCUGGGUAAUAUUUUAGAGGAAGUGAAUGAGCACUCAACGGUGAUCGGCCGGGUGUGGCUCACGGUCCUCUUCAUCUUCCGCAUCCUCAUCCUGGGUACGGCGGCAGAGUUUGUGUGGGGCGACGAGCAGUCAGACUACGUCUGCAACACGCAGCAGCCGGGUUGCGAGAAUGUGUGUUACGACGAGGCGUUCCCCAUCUCCCACAUCCGCCUGUGGGUUCUGCAGAUCAUCUUUGUGUCCACGCCAUCUCUGGUCUACGUGGGCCAUGCCGUGCACCACGUCCACAUGGAGGAGAAACGCAAGGAGCGUGAGGAGGCCGAGCUGAGUCGCCAACAGGAGCUAAGUGAGGAGCGGCUGCCACUAGCGCCUGACCAGGGCAGUGUGCGCACCACCAAGGAGACCAGCACCAAGGGUAGCAAGAAGUUCAGGCUGGAGGGCACCCUGCUGAGGACCUACAUCUGCCACAUCAUCUUCAAGACGCUGUUCGAAGUGGGUUUCGUAGUGGGCCAGUACUUUCUGUACGGCUUCCGCAUCCUGCCGCUGUACAAGUGCAGCCGCUGGCCCUGCCCCAACACCGUAGACUGCUUCGUGUCCCGGCCAACAGAGAAGACAGUCUUCAUAAUUUUCAUGUUGGCCGUGGCUUGCGUCUCGCUCUUCCUCAACUUUGUGGAGAUCAGCCAUCUGGGCUUGAAGAAGAUCCGCUUUGUCUUCUGGAAGCCAACCCCGGGACAAGCCCAGGGUGAAGGCCUGAGCCCCAUGCCCCCCCCAGGUGGGAUCCUCAAGAGCCUGCCUCCCCUGGCCGUGCCUUCCAUCCAGAGGGCCAAAGGCUACAGGCUGCUGGAGGAGGAGAAAACCCCGUCCGUGACCCACCUCUAUCCUCUGGCAGAGACGUGCAUGGAGGCAGGGAGGUUAACCCCCCUGGCCCCACCCUUCCAGUGCAUGGAGGAGAAGGUGGAAGAACUGAGGCACACGGAGGACAUUUCUAAGGUGUACAAUGAGACCCUGCCCUCCUACGCCCAGACCACCGAGAUAGGGGAGGACACACUACCACUACACCAAGAGGAGGAGGAGCAGCAGGAGGUGGUGGAGGAGGAGGACAAAGAAGAGGAGGAAGUAGUGGAGGAGGAUGUGGAGCAGGAUGAUGCGGUGAAGGAAGUUGUGGUGGUGGAGGAGGCGGUGGUGGUGGACGGGGAAGGGAGACCUCCAACCGAGGCGGAGAUGGAGGUGACGGAUACGAUAGAAGACACCAGACCACUGAGCAGAUUGAGCAAAGCCAGCAGCAGGGCCAGGUCAGACGAUCUCACCGUAUGA